GCUUGUGUGCUGCCCCUCGCCCGGUGUCCUUUGCAUGUGGCUGAAGGGUGACAGCAGGAGGAACAAUGCUGGGCAUCAUCAACCUGCAGGGGCUGACCCGGGAGCUGACACUCUACCUGGAGAGCCAAGUGCGCGUGGGUCUGUUCGGCUCCGGGGUGGGCUUGUCCUUGGUGCUGGGCUUUGGUGCAGCCUAUGCCUGUUAUUACCUCAGUGUCAUCGCCAAGAGACCUCAGCUGGUGGCCGGGGGAGAAGCCUUAUGUCGCUUCGUGAAGCAGCACUGCCCGGCGGUGACAGAAACUUACUACCCUACGAUGUGGUGCUGGGAGGGCAGAGCCCAGACCCUGCUGAGACCCUUCAUCACUGUCAAGGCGCUAGUGCAUUACAACAAUGAGCUUAUUAAAACAGCAGAUGGAGGGCAGAUUUCACUGGACUGGUUUAGUAAUGAUGAUAAUACACUCUACCCUGAUGCUGGCACAAGACCUACAAUCCUUUUACUGCCUGGUCUCACAGGAACAAGUCGGGAAUCCUACAUUCUUCAUAUGGUUAAGCACAGCGAAGCUCUUGGAUACAGGUGUGUUGUUUUCAAUAAUCGAGGUGUUUCUGGGGAAGAUCUCUUGACACCAAGGACCUAUUGUGCGGCGAACACAGACGAUUUGGAGACAGUCAUUCAGCAUGUGCAUACACUAUACCCAGAAGCUCCACUUAUGGCAGCUGGUGUUUCCAUGGGCGGAAUGCUGCUACUUAACUACCUAGGAAAAACUGGGCGUCAGACCCCGCUGCUGGGUGCGACUGUGUUCUCUGCUGGUUGGGAAGUAUUUGAAUCUGCAACUCUCCUAGAAAGACCUCUUAAUUGGAUACUCUUUAAUUACUAUCUAACAACAUGUCUUCAAGCAUCAAUUACGAGGCACCGCCCAGUACUGGAAAAACAAUUUGACAUUGAUUAUGUUAUGAAGGCUAAGACCAUUAGAGAGUUUGAUACAAGAUUUACCUCAGUAAUGUUUGGUUAUCCAACAAACGAUCACUAUUAUAAGGAUGCUAGCCCAUGUCACAGGGUGAAAUCAAUCGAAAUACCAGUGUUAUGUCUGAAUGCUGUAGAUGAUGUCUUCUCCCCUGGACAUGCCAUCCCAGUGGAAACUGCCAAACAAAAUCCAAAUGUUGCACUGGUGCUUACGGCUUACGGAGGCCAUAUAGGGUUUUUGGAGGGCAUCUGGCCAAGGCAGCAGACUUACAUGGAUCGGAUUUUCAAGCAGUUUGUACAAGCGAUUUUUGAGCAUGGAAGUGAGCUGUCCAGCAUAAGCAUUCUCUACACAGACAUACAUUCCUCAGGGUUAUCAUAUCAACCAGUUUCUCUGCCUAGAACUGCAAGCAUUACCAGAAUACAGUGUGACGGAUUUCUGCAUCCUGAUAUGUUUUAAUGUAAUGCAUGCUCAUGACGGCACUGCAAAAAGAGUACAGUAAUACUAAAACUGCAAGAAUGAAGAAGAAACU